AGACCAAAAUUUCUGAAGCCAUCAACGCGUAAAGAGGCGAAGAUUUCGCGACGGAGAGCGAGAGAAGCAUCCACGGGACGGGAGCGGCGGCGUCUGAAUUCCCAUUCCAAUUUCCAAACCUAAUCCUUUGGUUUCCCAACUUCAUCAAAUUCAUCAAACAUGCCGGCGACGGCAGGGCGAGUUCGCAUGCCAGCGAACAACCGCGUUCACAGCAGCGCGGCUCUUCAGACUCACGGGAUCUGGCAAAGCGCCAUCGGCUACGAUCCGUACGCUCCCACAAAUAACAGCGAAAAGGACGCGAAGCCCUCGGCCGAUCGAUCGUCCGUUGGUGACGGUGGAGACGGAGGCGAGAACGCUUACGUGAGCUUCCAAGGCCUGCUCGCCCUUGCGCGGAUAACUGGAACCAGCGCCGAUGACACCCGUGGAGCCUGCAAGAAGUGUGGCAGGGUCGGCCAUCUUACUUUCCAGUGUCGCAAUUUCCUCAGCCUCAAAGCGGGGAGGGAGAAGGAUGAAGCGGCGGCUGACGAGGCUGCGGCUUUAUUCCAUGAGUUGAAGAAGGGUAGUGGGAGGAAGGAAGAAGACAGUGAGGAAGAGGAGGAUGAGGAAGAGGAGAGUUCGGAUUCAGAUUUGGAUUCGGAGAUUGAGAAGAUACUCGCUGCUAGGUCUGGAAAGAAAGGGAAAAAGGAAUCCGAGAGGAGGGGGCGGUCAAAGAAGAGGAGUGGUAAAAGAUCAAGACGUGCUGAAGAUGAAGAAGAAGAGGAGGAGGAGGACAAGGAGGAGAGGAGAAAGGAGAAGAGAAGGAAAAGGAAGGAGAAGAGGAGGCAUGGGAGUUCUGAUGAUGAGGAUGAAGAAGUGGGCAGGCAUAGGAAGAGUAGGAAGGAGACUAAGAGGCCGAGGAGCCACAAAAGGAGGGAUGUUUCUGAUGACGAUUCCGAUGAUGAGUCUGAUGGCCAAGAUCGUCGCAAACGGAGAAAUAAAAGGAAGGUUGAUCAUUCUAGUCAUUCUGAUGCUAUGGUUGCUGCUAGGCAUCACAGGCGAAGAAGAGAGAGAAGAAGAGAGAGGAGGAGAGCUUCCUCAAGCAGCUCUGAUACUAGUGGUUCAGGGUCUGAUGUGGAUGAUAUUGAAAAGAAGAGAUCUGAGAGGAGGAGCAGAAGGACUAGGAAGGAUUAAUGUCUCUCACAAAUAUGGUUUGAUUGCUGCUCUGUUGAGACAUUUGCUGUUCGUAGUUUGGUUGCGGUUUUCUUCUCUUAUGCGGUUUUUUUUUUUUUUAAUGAAAACUGCUACAACAUUUGGUAUAUAGGUUUCUGAUUGUGGUAUAUGUAUUUAUAGUUUUAUCUGUCAUGUUGAAUGAUCAUCUUGUUACCGGUUUUUCUCUGCCAAUUUCAUCCUUUGUUUUAA